AUGGCCUCCUUGUUCAUGAGCCCGGCAGAGUGUGGACCCGUCAACGACCUCAAGUCGCUCGGCGGGAGACUGGACGUCGACGGCAGAGCCAGGCGGGACGGCUUCGUUUCGAACAAUCAGUAUGGGGCUGCAGGACCGUCAAGACAAGCGCUUCAGCCAUUCCAAGCACUACCUCAAUCAUCAGGCUUUACUAUCUCAUCCCCGUCCGCAUCCCGCGCUCAACAACAGAGACCCGUUCCGACCCCGCAACACGCUAUACAGGCACCGCCACCUCCGCCUUCCUUCCUCUUGCCAGGACAAGGUCAAGUUCGAUACCCGUUGUACGACCAUGCUCCACCUCAAGGCUCCUCCUCUUUGAAUCCAAACCUGAGAUCCGACUCGGUAGCCUGGGCUAAAUCGUUCAGCCAGUCUCGGUCGCAAAUGCCACCUCCGGCGACUUCGAACGGCUGGGCGGACGAACAUUUGCGCUUACAACAAGCUCAGGGGACGUCUUUCUCAGCUCAACAUCCCGCCGGUCCUCCCCACCAAGGUUCAGCGGUUGCAUACCAACAACCACAAUCUCAAUUUGGGCCGUCAGGUUAUGCUCAAAUGCAGCCAUCGGGGUCAGCAUGGGGAUAUCUUCCAGCUCAUCAACGAUAUUCGGACUCGUUGGACGCUCAGACGUACCACCAUCAAGCGCAUUCCGGGAUGCCAGACCAGAUGCUUCGAGCUCAAGCGCAGCAACAAGCACAGGGACAAGGAGAGCAAACGGAACAGUCAACAGCGAAUCCGUUUGGGACUUCCGAGUUUCUGGAAUUGAUGCAGGAUCUCGCUUUGGACCAAGGGGAGACGAUGAGAACGAAGGGCGGACUGGAGGAGGCGAAGGGGGAAGAACUCGACCGGGUGGACACGGAGGGGCGCGGGUCUUGUUUCUUCGGAGGGUUCGAUAAUGACGAUCCUCAAACCCAACAAGAGGGAAUCGAAGGGAUUCCGCAUGGACCCAAGUUUGACCUCUCGAGGGCGGUCCCGACGGUCCACCAACCGGUUUUCGAUCAGGAAGGUCGGUGGGUGCCUUAUGAUCGUGUGAAAGAGUUUAGGGAGAACGGGAUGGAUGUUCCGAGGUAUCUGAAGGAGGCGCUCGAUCUUGCCCGGAGCUGCAAUGCGAGUGGGAUGGAAGAGUCCGUCGAGCGGGAAGCCGGGGCGCGGGAAGAAGUCGAUGUCGACGAUGUAUUCGACAACGACGGCUUGAUGGAGUUUUACGGCCAGACGAGGCGAUCCCGCGAUCCGUUCGCUGCAAAUCACAACCAUACCCCCACCGCACGAGAACGCCAACGUGAGAUGGAACACGUCGAACGGAUGCGAACGGGCGGGUAUACAUCAAGGGAGACUCGGGAGGCGUGGAUGGAGAGCGAGGACGCGCUGGACAAGGUCCUGGGGGACGAGAAGCAGGAAGAGGCGAGGAGGCAAGGGUAUUACCAGGAUAAGAGGAGGGGAGUGGGCGCUGGGAUGGAUGGCAAGUACUUGUUCAUCAGCGAGAACCCUUAUGUUCUGGAAGGAGGCAAGAUGGAGAAGAUGAUCAGCCUUGGGGAGGCUGCGGGGCCGAUGGAGUUGCAGUACCAGAAUCUGCUCGAACACGAAGCCCGAGUCCUGCAAGACCCUUCUUCCUCUCGAGCCUGGUUCGACCUGGCCAUUAAACAGCAGGAACUUGAACGGGAUGAUCAAGCCAUCCGGGCGUUGCUCCAAUGCAUCUCGCUCGAUCCUGAAUGCAAGGAAGCUUAUCUUGCACUCAGCGUGAGUUAUACCAACGAGGGGAUGAUCAGGGAAGGACAUUCGGUACUGGAACGUUGGGUGGAAGGGUCUUCCGGCUCGAGGCUGGAUGAGAACAAGGGAGACGAUGCGGACCUCGGCAGGUUCGACGUUGGCCCGCACAAGAAUCAGCGACACGAGGUGUUGACGAGGGAAUUGAUGAGGAUGGCAAGAAUGAUGCCUGAGGGUGAUAUCGAUGCCGACGUCCAGGUAGCACUGGGGGUCCUGUUCAAUGCGAGCGAAGAGUAUGAAAAGGCGCAGGACUGUUUCCGGGCAGCCUUGUUUGCCAGGCAGGAUGACUGGAUGCUAUACAACCGGCUCGGAGCGACACUGGCCAACGGCGGCAAAUCUGAAGAAGCUUUACAGUACUACGAACAAGCUCUGAACCUCAACCCAGGCUACGUCCGAGCCAUGUUCAACGUUGGGAUCUCGCUGAUCAAACUCGCACGAUAUCGUCAAGCCGCGCGAUACAUCCUCGAUGCCAUCCGGUUGCAGCACGCGGACGCUAGCUCGAACGUCAAAUCGAUGAAGAGCGUGACGUCUGAUAUUCUGUGGAAUACCUUGGGAACGACUUGCAUGCACCUGGAACGACAUGAUCUCAUGGACGCUUGUGCUGCGCGUGAUCUCGAUGGUCAGUCCUUUUCCCACUGCUAA